AUGACGGGGUGCCAAAGGCAUCGCUCUCAUCUAAUGAUGACGGGGUGCCGAAGGCAUCGCUCUUGUCAAAUGAUGACAGGGUGCCGAAGGCAUUGUUUUUGUCAAAUAAUGACAGGGUGCCGAAGGCAUCUCUCUUGUCAAAUGAUGACGGGGUGCCGAAGGCAUCGCUCUCGUCUAAUGAUGACAGGGUGCCAAAGGCAUCGCUCUCGUCUAAUGAUGACGGGGUGCCGAAGGCAUCGUUCUUGUCAAAUAAUGACAGGGUGCCGAAGGCAUCGCUCUUGUCAAAUAAUGACAGGGUGCCGAAGGCAUCUCUCUUGUCAAAUGAUGACGGGGUGCCGAAGGCAUCGCUCUCGUCUAAUAACGACAGGGUGCCGAAGGCAUCGCUCUUGUCAAAUGAUGACAGGGUGCCGAAGGCAUCGCUCGUGUCAAAUGAAGAAGCUUGUAGAACAAGCUUACCAAUGGUUAUUGCCGAUGGCUAAUAGUCUUGGGUUUUUCUUUUGUUUUUGGUUGUGUUGGCGUGAACGGCAAGUGCCGUAA